GUGAACGGCUCUCAUUUUCCUCUUCGAAAUCAAAACCCUCUUUCCCUCUGAAAACCCUAGCAUCCUCCCCAUGUCUGCUCCUUAGUUGCAGAAACUCAUCUCUCUCUCUCUAUUCCCUCUUCAAAACUCUUUCUCAUUCUGAGAAUCCAUGGCUUCGUGCACCUACUAAUUCUAUCAUUUCUUCAUUCAAGAAGCUAAAACCUCCCCUCUCUCUCUCUAAAACCAUAGCUUUCUCCUCCGAAAACCCAUGUCUUUCAUUGCCCGCUCCCGCCUCCGCUCGCUCUACCUCUCCCACCGCCACUUCUCCGCACCGUCCAUCCCAACCUCCGAAAAUCCCAAUUCCAUCCUCGCCAGAAAACAAAAUUCUCGCGCUGCCCUCGCCCUCCUCAAAUCCGAAUCCGAUCCCAACCGUAUAAUCGACAUUGCCCGGGCCGCCUCCCUCACCCCUGCGUCCCACCUCGACCGCACCGCUCUCUCCAUAACCGUCUCCAAGCUCUCCAAAACCCAAUCCUCUGCCACCCCCACAGCCCUCCGAUCCUUCCUCGACGAAUUCAAAUCUCGUCCUGAUCUCCAAUCCGAACGCUCCAUCUCCUACGCCAUCAUCCUCUAUGGCCAAGCCGGCAUGCUUGACCAGGCUAUCCACACCUUCCAACACCUCGAUGAACUCGGCGUGCCCCAGCGGACUGCAGAAUCCCUCAAUGCCCUCCUCUAUGCAUGCCUCCUCAACGAAGAUCACGACCAGCUCAUUCGAAUCUUCCGUGAAUUCCCCAAGGUUUACAAUAUCAGCCCCGACAUCAAAACCUACAACAGAGUCAUUCGAUCUUUCUGCAAAUCUGGUAAGUCUACUUCUGCCUAUGCAAUCUUAGAUGAAAUGGGUCAGGAAGGAAUUAAACCAAAUAAAACCACGUACAAUAUAUUGCUUUCGGGUUUAUCUUUGGAAGGAAAGCACGAGGAAGUUGAGAAGGUUUUGGAAAUGAUGGAGAAGAAUGACUGUUGUUCGGGUACCAGCCCGCAUGAUGCGAAGAUACGGAGUCUUUGUAGAGCAAAGAAAAUGCAUGAAGCGAAGGCUCUGUUUGAUGGGAUCGUUUCAAGUGGUGCGAAGCCGGAUCCAGUUACAUAUUGCCAUCUUAUAAUUGGGUUUUGCAAGGAAGGUGAUUUGGAAGAAGCGAAGCGGCUCUUUGAUGAGAUGGGUGAGAAGGGCUGUGAGCCUGGUAGUGGUAGCUAUUUUACUCUAAUUUACUAUCUCUGUCAAGGUGGGCAAUUUGAUACUGCAUUGCGGUUGGGUAAGGAGUGCAUGGAGAAGGACUGGUGGCCAUGCUUUUCUACGAUGAAGUUGCUGGUGGAUGGGCUUGUGAAGGACUCGAAGAUGAAGGAGGCACGAGAGAUUGUUGGGAAGCUAAAGGAGAGGUUUCCUAAAACUGCCCAGAUGUGGAAGGAUGUGGAAGAUGGUUGGCCUCAAAAGGGAAGACGAUUUAGUUUGUUUGGUUGAGUGGCAUCGCCCUAUGGGAUGGUGGAAACUCAAACUUUGAUGGCUCUUCACUUGGGAAUCCAGGUCUGACCAGAACUGGGGGAGUUGUUAGAGGUGAAAAGGUUCCAUUACUCUCUCUUGCUUGAGGCCCCAGGCAUG